UUGUGGCGACUCAGUCGCCGCGGCAACAGCAGCACGAAGACGGAGCGUGUAUGAAGCGACGCUGUUUCCCUGUGAAAGGAGACCACAACCUGCUGACCCCCGACACACACACUCUGUCGGGGGUCAGCCUGCGAUCCCAGGUCCGAUCAGAGGGCGUGGCCUCGCUGUCUGGACACCUGAGCGACUCAUCCAGCUGUAAGUUGGCGACGACGUUUUCGAGGCGGCGCCUGGCAGCAUCUCCGACUCGUCGUCUGCGGUUUGAGGAUGAGACGGAGAUGGAGGCGGAGUCUCGCUACCUGGAACGUCAGAGGAGGACAGGUGUGCUGGUGUCCAAACCACACCUGAACCUGUACGUGACCGAGGCAGCGCUGAGGGAGGCGGGGCAUGUUGCUGAUGGACAGCAGAGGUUGGGUCACAGGGACAUCUGUCGGACAGGGGGUGGAGUCAACCUGGACCUCCACCUGCAGCCUCCUGCACCUGACUGCAGGGGGCGGAGCCUGAACAGGCACCGCCUCAACCUGUGCACUGAGCCAAUCAGAGAGACGUACAUCGGCUCUGUGACGUCUGCUGAGAGGGCUGGGGCUGGGCAUGUCUCUUACAUGCCAGUGAGACGGAGGGCCAAUCAGGCAGCAGUACAUGGACCCCAGGUGAUCCUCCCUCAAGCCACGCCCUCCACUGACCUGCCAAUCAACCCGUAUGAACCUCUUAGGGUGGCCCCGCCCACUCAGCCUUUGGUUGUAGGCCCUCCCACCUUCAGGAGCCAGUCCCACCUCUCUCGGCCUCCUCAGCACAACACCAUGAAGGCAGAACUAAACCAGGACCAGAAACAGAACCAGAACCAGAAGAAGCAGGGGAGAGCCAUUACAGCCAAGCCCCGCAGAGAGUACCGAGCUGGGCCACCGAUGAAGGAACGGCAACCCUCUGUGGAGGAGGGAAGUCUGAAUGGAUCCUCAGACACAACAGCUGAGAGUCAAGCCCCACCCAUAUCACACAACGGAAAAGGACAGCCAAUAGGAACAGAGCUCCACAGUGACGACACUUCGCUUCCUGCACAAUUCAGCGGCAGAGACGAACCUUCUCGUCUUUCUCUGCGUCGUCUUUUCUCGUCCGUCAGACUCAGCAGGACUCGAACCGCCAGCCUGGACCGGCUCAGCUCAAGGCCCCGCCCCUCCACAUCAGACCACGCCCCCUCAGGUAGCAGGAUGUCCUCCAGCCUGCUGAAGAAGUCUCCGUCUGCCCAGUCGCUCAGUGAGCUGAAGAAUUCUUCGUCGACUCAGAGUUCUGUGUCAGACCAGAAGAAGCCGGAUCGUUCUUCUGACUAUAAACCACCUGCUGACCAGUGUCUGUCCAGGAGUCUGUCCCGGAGUCUCAGCGUGGAGGACGUUGGUCGUCCCUGUUCGGUCCGCUCUGUCGGUCGGGUUCUUCAGGUGUGUUCUGAUGGAACGGUUCUGUUGGAACUCCACCGACCAGCAGGAAGAACGUUUGGAUUCAUCAUCAGCCGGGGCAAAGGACGGACCGACUCUGGUGUGUACGUGGAGGACAUGGCGGACGGCUCGGUGGAGAAGCUGCUCGCCGGCCUGCUGGCGGUUGGAGACGAGAUCUUGGAGGUGGACGGGGAGAAGGUGAGUCCUCUCAGCCUGGACCAGGUGACCCAGCUGCUGAUCCAGAACCCGACCACCACCAUCCGGAUCCUCCGACACCGAGGAUCAUCUCCACGGUGACCAUAAGACCGCUGGACUGUAAGCAACCACGAUACGUCUGUAGCUCCACCAAUCACAGCUUAGAGUUCAGAAACCACCUGAUGAUGUCACUGAUGUCAUCUCAAGGAGCGACGGACUCAUCCAGCCAUAAAGUUUCCACUAAACUCCAGUAUCAUUGAACCACAAUAUUUGAUAAAGAGCAGUGUUUACUAAACUGCAGUAUUUAUUAACUCUAGUAUUUAAUAAACUGCAGUAUUAAUAAACCUGAAGGUUGUACUAUGCAGUGAAAUUAA